GUAUGCUUCGUCACCCCAAGUUCCGGAGUAGGCACAACCCACAGCCACAGUUCUGUGGCUAAUGGUUAGCUGUGGCGAUCGCUCUUGGAAAUCGUUUGGUCUAGCUAGCUAAAUACACGUUUAGCGAUGUCUAGAUAAGGAAGUGGGCUCUUAACUAAGCUCUAACAUAAAUAGUGGAAAACGUCUAAAAACAACCACGGGUUGACACAGUUGGGCUAUACUUCCCUGCGUGGCGAUGGAGAACUCUGAGGGAUCAGAGCAGGGUGGCAGCGAGCACUCGCAUGGCCAGCGUCGGCAACAAAUAAGUCGACUACAGCGAGAGGAAGCCUUCUACCAGUUCGUCAACAACCUCAGCGAGGAGGACUACCGGCUGAUGCGUGACAACAACCUCUUCGGAACUCCUGGUGAGAUAUCUGAAGAAGAGCUGCUGAGUCGUCUGCGGCAGGUCAAAGAGAUGAGCACCGAGUCCAGAAAUACAGAGAGUGCUGGACAAGGACAAGAACAAGCGGAUGGCUCAAACGGAGACUCCAUUUUGGGUUUGCUGAACUCGGUGAGGCGGACAGGAAGCACGACCAGAAGCGGUCAUCAGGGGAGCCAGUCGUGGAGGGCGGUGAGCAGGACGAACCUCAGCAGCGGAGACUUCCGCUUCAGCCUGGAGAUCAACGUCAGCCGCAACGCGUCCGGCCAGCCGGCGCGGGCCGAGGACGGGGAGCGGCCGGGAGAGGGUCCGGAGGAGCCGGCACGGCCGCUGACCGGGGCGGAGCGCGACAGGCGUGCUCCGCUCAGGGAAAUGCUGGCGGAGACCUCAGCAGAGGAGGAAGUGGCCGUCGUGGUGGUGCCCGAGCCAGAGCCCCUGCGACCGGAAACCCCACCUGUAAUCAGCCCCAUUCGCCUGGAGGUCCAAAACCUGGUGCCUCCCGGCGGCCCCUCCAGGGGAACGCGACGCAGGGGUCCCAGGACUGGCAGGAGCCGCAGCCCGGAGCAGAGCAGGACUCGGCCUCGCCCCGAGAGGAGCCGGUCCCCGUUCCGUUGGGCCAUCCCGCCGCAAGAGGAGGGCAGCUCCAGGACCCGGCAGAGCGUGCUCCUGAGGCAGAGCGGCGCGGACCGGGAGGCCCCGCCGGACCGGGCCGGAGCGGGGCAGCCGGAGCAGGGACCAGGAGCGGGUGAGCGGCAGCCUCCCACCAUCAUGCUGGAUCUGCAAGUGCGGCAAGUCAGACCCGGGGAGCCCCCGGAGGGAGCGGCCAGCCGGACCCACUCGCCCUCCCGGCCUCCUGGCGAAGCCGUGCAGUACGAGAGCGAGCGCUCCGGGUUCCAGCGGACCUUUUCGCGCUCGGAGCGCGCCGGGAUCCGCACCUACAUCAGCACCAUCCGCAUCCCCGUGCGCCGCCUGGCCGACUCGGGCCUGAGCGAGGCCACGUCCUCCGCCCUGCAGACGGUCAUCCGCCAGAUCAUGACCGGCUUCGGGGAGCUCAGCUCGCUCACGGACUCGGAUUCCUCCGACUCCUCCGAUUCCGGACCAGAACCGGCCGGCCGGCCUGCCCCGGAGGCGCCCCGCGGUUCAGCCGCCGUCGACGGCGUCCCCGCCUCCCGGAGCCCGAACCCGGGCGGCCCGCAGACGGAGGAGAGGGGCUGGGGAGCCGCGGAGGACUCCAGGGAGGGCGGGGCGGAGCCGGGCACCCUGCCCUUCCUCCGGCUGGCGCACUUCUUCCUGCUGAACGACGAAGACGAGGACCAGCCGCACGGCCUGACCAAGGAGCAGAUUGACAACCUCUCCACCCGCAGCUUCCGUUUCGGGGAGAACGCCGGCCUGCAGACCUGCAGCGUGUGCAUCACCGACUACGCCGAGGGACACAAACUGCGUCAGCUGCCCUGCUCCCACGAGUACCACGUCCACUGCAUCGACCGCUGGCUCUCCGAGAACUCCACCUGCCCCAUCUGCCGCCAUGCAGUACUGGCGUCCGCCAACAGAGGGAGUGCGGUGUAGGCAGUGCGGGCCUGCACUGUACAUACACCCCGAUUUGGCAUCUGAUUUGGACAACGAGCAUGUCUUUCUUUUAUUUCUGUGCCCUCUGGCAGGAAUAAGUGGGUAACUUUGCCUCAUAUCUCACAAGAAACUCACAAGUGCACACUCAGCCAGUUGAGGGGAGUGCAAUGAUGCAGUGAUGCAUGUUUUUAUGUGUAAAUAAUUCAAAUAACACUACAACAAAGAGAAGCUUUUUCAACAGCAGCAUUAUUGUAACCUGUUCCACACCUCUGCCAAGUCUCAAUAAUCUCAUGGCACUUACCCAAAUCAUCAUCCACUCUACGAGUAUUAGAGUUCUGGAGCUUACCUGGUCCUUGUCCACUUUAUCUGACUAUUAGAGUUCUCCAGCUUACCUGGUCGUCUGUUUUACCUGAGUAUUAGAGUUCAUCAACAACUUGGAUACGUGUAUGAAUUAAGAGAGUUUAAAUGUCCUACCCCUUGAACAUUUGUGUAAAUACUAUAGGACGUUUAUGGACAAAACAGAAUGCUCUACCCUUAGACUAUGUUCCAUUUACCUGAAGUGUUUAAAUGCUUGUUAAGAAAGAAAUGAAGAAUAAUCCAGUUAUAUUCUUACUUAUCAAUAUUGAUAAAUAGGAAUUGAGAAGUCUUGCAAAAAAUAAAUUAAAGUAAUACUUUAUUUAA